CUGACACUAAUUUUAAUACCAACCUGUCCCUUCGGACAAGUUAACAUGAAAUUUAGGUUGUCCGAAUGGAAAAUGUACUUGUCCGAAACUGACCAACAAAAAACUGUAAUGUAUAUGCAUUGCAUUCUCAUGAGUGUUUUUUUUAUUAAUAGUGUUACCCUGGUUUUCUUGUGAUCUCCAUGUGAAAUCAUUAAUUAAUAAUAAUGUAUUGAAUGGUUUCAAAACUCCUGUCACUCAGACAGCAAUCUAUGUAUAUACAUUUUUACCUUAAUGUUUGCAGGCAGAACACUUAGUUACAGACAGAAGUUCUUACGUCGUAAUAUGUUUUAUUUAAGACUAUAAUGGAUCAAAUAAUCAGAGAAUAUUCCCCUUAAAUUCUUUUUAAUAAAUUAUUAUUUGAUAACCUAUUGAUAAUUUUUCAUUUUGGACAUGUUUUUCGUAAAAAUUAUUGAAUUUUAACUUCGGAAAAAGUGUUCUAUAUCUGUUUGUUCACUUCCAAGAAUCACGCGACAAUAGAGACAUCUGAUUGGCGCGAUUAAAAUACACCGUGAAGCUGAUUGGUCGAUAUUAAUGAACAAUCUAAAUUUAGAUCAGGGAAAACCAGAAAAACGCCAUAUUGAUUAUCAGAUGAUUUCUAUCGACGAGAUGUACUUCAAAAACUUUAAGGACUCUUUUCACGUAGAAUUUAUUAAAAUUUCACGGAUACCCUUCAUUUAUUUUUGGUUGUCCCAUCGGACAGGUAAACUACAGAACUUAGUUGUCCGACCACCGUUUUAAGUUGUCCCGGACAAUCGGACAGCCGUUAGUGUCAGUCCCUGUACUCAUGUCAGUUUUUGUCCGGUCUCAGCAACCCGAUUAUGCUAGGCAAUCAUCGUUCCCAUGUCUGUGUAUAUGACGCAAUGACGGUUUAUACGAAACGCUCAUUAAUUCAACCAAACCUUGACACAAGGAAGAAGCAGCUUGAGGCUUGGUGUGCCCUUGUUCUGGAUUACCACAAAAAAACCAAAUCAUACAGUAUAGAUGUCACCGAGAUUCAGUCCUCACCACUCUUUUUCAACAAAAAAUUGAACCGCAAAUUACCUGUUGAUGGAAUUCAUACUGUGUUUGAAGAGUUAAGAAAACAAGGUCAUAUAGAAUGGAAGGACCCUAAAACCAGGAAACAGGGACUGUUGAUGUGGAGAACUCCUGAUGAGUGGGGGAAACUAAUUUAUAGCUGGGUAACGUCCAAGAGUUUACAGAACUCUGUGUGUACUUUGUAUGAAUUAUCAGAGGGGGAGGAGUCGGAAGGAACAGAAUUUCAUGGACUAGAAAAAUGGCUAUUACUAAGAGCACUGCAGACUCUUCAGGAUCAGGGGAAAGCAGAACUAAUGAACUUCGAUGGGAAUGAAGGAGUGAAAUUUUUUUAGUGCUGAUAAAAUAAGCAUAAAUUUCAUUUGAGUACUGCCAGGACACAAAGACUGGUCUACCAGCUAGAGUCGGAGCUUUCAGUGAAAGAACCCUCUUUUUAUUUUAUAAGUGAUCAAGAUGCUCUUUGUAACAAAAUAUCAACAAAAGGUUUCGAUUCUUUUGCAAUGUAUUGAUCAAUUAUUAAUUUAUUUCUUGUCAUAAUUAGAUAAGUUAUAUGUUACAUGUAUAUACCUGUAUUGAGCACUCUCUUUCUUUUCUUUAGUCAUCCAUGUUAAUUCUAUCAGUUUGUUGGUUAACUUGUGAUAAUACAUGUGCAUGUGUACAAUGGAAGUUUCACUUUUUUUGACAAUUUUGUUUUAUAAAAUUGCUGACAUAGACCGCGUUUACAUGUUACUGAUAAUAUUGAUUUUUGUAAUAAAUCUCUACCUAUAAAACA